AUGCCCGGCCUGCUGAACCGGGCCACAGGGGCAGCCCUGCCCCUCACCGCCUCCCAUGUCACCUCCUUCGUCAGUGGCUACGCCCUGGGCCUGACCGCCUCCCUCACCUAUGGCAACCUGGAAGCUCAGCCUUUCCAGGGCCUCUUCGUGUACCCCCUGGACGAGCACACCACGGUGAUAGGCUUUGAGGCAGUCAUUGCUGAACGUGUCGUCACGGUACAGAUCAAAGACAAAGCCAAGCUGGAGAGCAGCCAUGUGGAUGCCACCUGUGUCCGAGCCUCAACACUCACAGGAAACGUUCUGCAAGAGGGGGCUCCCAUUCCCCUUCAUUCCUGCACACCGGGAAAGGUUGCUUUGGAUGAAGAUUUGGAGCGGAUCCUGUUCGUGGUCAACCUGGGGACCAUUGGACCCAUGGAGAAUGUGGCUGUCUUCGUGAGCACUUCCUCUGAGCUCCCGACACUGCCCAGUGGGGCUGUGCGGGUCCUGCUGCCUGCUGCCUGCACCCCAACAGUGCCCCAGUUCUGCACCGACUGUGCUGUCCCCUCCACCCAACAGCCCCAAAGCACAGACAAGCAUUGCUUCAGGGCUCUGGCCCUAGACUCCUGGAACAAGCUGGGCCUGGAGAAUCUUCUGGACACUGAGGUCUCCAAUCCCAUGGAAUAUGAGUUCAGCUUCCAACUGGAGAUCCGUGGGCCAUGCCUGCUGGCAGGGGUGGAGAGUCCCACCCACGAGAUUCGCGCCGAUGCCGCCCCAUCUGCCCGCUCAGCCAAGAGCAUCAUCAUCACCUUGGCCAACAAGCACACCUUCGACCGGCCCGUGGAGAUCCUCAUCCACCCUAGCGAGCCCCACAUGCCACAUGUCCUGAUGGAGAAAGGGGACAUGACCCUGGGAGAGUUUGACCAACACUUGAAGGGCAGAACAGAUUUCAUUAGAGGGACCAAGAAGGACAACAGCGCAGAGCGAAAGACAGAAAUCAUCCGGAAACGUCUCCACAAGGACAUACCCCACCACUCCGUCGUCAUGCUCAACUUCUGUCCUGACCUCGAGUCAGUCCAGCCAAACCUGAGAAAGACCCACGGGGAGUUCAUCUUCCUCAUCGACAGGAGUGGCAGCAUGAAUGGGACCAACAUUCUCCGUGUCAAGGAUGCCAUGCUGGUGGCUCUCAAAAGCCUCUUGCCAGCCUGCCUCUUCAAUGUCAUUGGGUUUGGAUCCACGUUUAAGGCUCUCUUCCCUUCCAGUCAGACAUACAAUGAGGAGAGCUUGGCCAUGGCCUGUGAUAACAUCCAGAGAAUGCGAGCUGACAUGGGUGGCACCAACAUCCUCUCCCCUCUCAAGUGGAUCACCCGGCAGCCAGUGCACAAAGGCCACCCACGGCUCCUCUUCCUGAUCACGGAUGGUGCUGUCAGCAACACUGGGAAGGUGCUGGAGCUGGUGCGCAACCAUGCCUUCUCCACCAGGUGCUAUAGCUUUGGAAUUGGACCCAACGUCUGCCACAGACUGGUGCAAAGGCUGGCAUCUGUGUCCAAGGGGAGUGCUGAGUUCUUGGUGGAGGGAGAGCGACUGCAGCCCAAGAUGGUAAAAUCCCUGAAGAAGGCCAUGGCCCCAGUCCUAAGUGAUGUGACUGUGGAGUGGGUCUUCCCUGAAACCACCGAAGUCCUGAUCUCACCUGUCAGUGCCAGCUCCCUCUUCCCCGGAGAAAGGCUGGUGGUGUAUGGCAUUGUAUGUGAUGCUUCCUUGUACAUCUCCAAUCCCAGAUCUGACAAGAGGCGACGGUAUAGGAUGCUGCACUCUCAGGAGUCCAGCAGCUCCAUCUUCUACCACUCACAAGAUGAGGGUUCUGGCCCAGACAGCGGAGACGGUACCAAGAGCUCAGGGGCACCCUUCAGCCUGGAGCAGACCAAUGAUGCCCGGCAGUCCAGUGGAGACUCCACCAUUAACUCCAAUUUGAUCCUCUCCCAGCGACGGAGGGCAUACAGCACCAACCAGAUCUCCCACUCCAAGCCCUCCCCGAGGGCCGCCACGGCCAGUGACCCCAUGGUGGCUGCCAGGAGAUACCCACUACGGAAGGCCAAGCUGCAAGACCUCACCAACCAGACCAGCAUGGAUGCCCAGCGAUGGCAGAUCGAUUUACAGCCCUUGCUGAACAGUGGCCAGGACCUGAGCCAGGGUCCCAAAAUCCAGGGUCCAGGGGCCCGCAGGCCCUCUCUGCUUCCCCAAGGCUGCCAGCCCUUCCCGCCCUCAGGCCUGGAGCCCCAGACCUGGAGCCCCACAAGGGAGCUGAAUCUUGGGUCCAGCCUGAAGCCUGCCUUAGACCGCCGCAGCCCCGGGGACCUGGAGCCGUCCCAUCACCCCUCCUUCGCCUUCGAAAGCGAGACGUCCUCGGACUGGGAGCCCCUGGUCGAGCCCGAGGAGCAGGCCGGUCCAGGCAAGCCCGCCAGCCCUGGCCCGGUGCGGGGCAAGGCCGUGGUCAAAGGCCUGCGCGACAGCCAACGGCUGCAGUGGGAGGUGAGCUUCGAGCUGGAGCCCCCCGACCCGGAAAGGAGCGGCGCGCGCGACGCAGACCCAUGGAGCGAGACCUUCCACCACCUGGCGGCCCGCGCCAUCAUCCGCGACUUCGAGCAGCUGGCGGAGCGAGAGCGCGAGAUCGAACACGGGUACAGCCGUCGCUACCAGGUGAACGCCGUGCACACCAGCAAGGCCUGCAACAUCAUCAGCAAGUACACUGCCUUCGUACCUGUGGAUAUGAGUCAGAGUCAGUACCUGCCCACUGUGGUGGAGUACCCCAGCUCUGGUAAGAUAUGUGGUGCUGCAUUGCAGAUGGCCAGCUCACGGAUCCUGACCCGACAGCUGAGGGGCACCUCUGCCAGCUUCAGACAGUCCCCGACCUUGCUCGGGGAAGAAUCGGCAGCAGGAGAUGACCUGGAGGAGAGCCCCACCAUGCCCAUCUGUGAGACUGUGUGCCCCGGCUGCGAGAAGCAUGUGGCUUCUGAAGGUUCCCUGCACAGUCUGGCCACCAACACCCUUUCUUCUGGGAAGUCCCCUGAGACUGUCUUUGGAUCCAGACUGAAUCUCAAGAAGUCCAGGCUGCUGAUGCGAGCAGCCAAGGGCUUCCUGGGCAAGCCACUGAGCAAGACUCCGGAGUCAACUUCAGGGAGCCAGAACCUCGACUACGUGCCACUGGUGUCUCUGCAGCUGGCCUCCGGAGCCUUCCUGCUCAACCAAGCCUUUUGUGAAGCCACACACAUCCCAAUGGAGAAGCUCAAGUGGACUUCGCCCUUCACCUGCCACCGAGUGUCCCUCACUGCCCGCCAGCCCAAGUCAGAGACCCCAAAUCCCCAGCUGUACACCAGGCCCUCACCUCAGCACCUCUCCUGUGACAGCUUCUCCCUGGAGCCCCUGGCCAAAGGCAAGCUGGGCUUGGAGCCAAGGGCCAUGGUGGAGCAUGUGGGGAAGCUGUGGGCCACAGUGGUGGCACUGGCCUGGCUGGAGCACAGCUCAGCUGCCUACUUCAUUGAAUGGGAGCUGGUGGCCGCCAAGGCCAGCUCAUGGCUGGAGCAGCAGGAGGUGCCUGAAGGCCGCACGCAGGGCACGCUCAAGGCCGCUGCCCGCCAGCUAUUUGUGCUCCUGCGACACUGGGAUGAGAACCUCGAGUUCAACAUGCUCUGCUAUAACCCAGAUUAUGUGUAG